AUUAAUUUCCAUAUAUGACUCUCGAUGCUUCACAGUCGACAAAGAGGGAGAGAAGUCUCGAGGCUAAAACUUCCCAAAAAUGAAAUUCGUAAUUCCAAAAUUACCCUUCACUCUUUCUCUCUUCCUCUCACUCUCUUUCCUCAUCGUCUUCUUCUUCGCAUUCCCUUCCACUUUCCUCCGCCACUCUCUCUCCUCCUCCUCCGUCGUCGUCGCCGAUGAAGGGAUCCGGAUCCGUCAUCAUGGAUACGCCUCCUACGAGGCAUACAUCCAGCACCAGCUCAAAAAAACUCAGAACCCGAAGCUCCGGGAGGUGUGGACGACGCGCGACUGGGACAGGAAGGUGCGCGUAUUCUCCACUUUCUUCCGACGACUCAAGGAGCGUGGUCUCCUCUCGAACGGAUCGAAGGCGCUCUCGAUCGGAGCUCGAGUAGGGCAGGAGGUGGCGGCGCUGAGGCUGAUCGGCGUGGAGGAUUCCGUCGGGAUAGAUCUGGUGCCGCGUCCGCCUCUGGUGGUGAAAGGUGACUUUCACGCGCAGCCGUUCGACGCGGAGACAUUCGAUUUCGAGUUCUCGAACGUGUUCGAUCACGCGCUUUACCCGGAGAAGUUCGUUGGGGAGAUCGAACGGACGCUCAAGCCCGGAGGUGUUUGCGUGAUACACGUGUCGAUUCAUGGGAAGACUGAUAAGUACUCGGCGAAUGAUCUGUAUAGUGUGAAGCCAUUGGUGAAUCUGUUCAAGAGAUCGAAGGUCGUUGAGGUGAGGAAGAUCGAUGGGUUUGGGCUUGACACGGAGAUUGUUUUUAGGAAGAACGUAUGAACAAAAAACAAAAUGAUUAAGCAAAUGUAAUUGUUUUUCAUUUGAUACGUAGAUUCGUUGUUCUUUUUAUUUUUUUGUGUAUUUUCCAUUUACUUUCGUUUUUAUCAUAUGUAUUUACUACAACAGUUUUACAUCUGGUCGCGACAUUAAUAAAUUACAAUUUUGUAA